AUGGGUAACAACUUCUCCAGUAUCCCCUCUCUGCCCCGAGGAAACCCGAGCCGGGCGCCGCGGGGCCACCCCCAAACCCUCAAAGACUCCAUCGGCGGCCCCUUCCCUGUCACCUCUCACCGAUGCCACCAAAAGCAGAAGCACUGCCCUCCGGUGCUGCCUGGCGGGGGGCCCCCGGCCACGCCGCUGCUCUUCCAUCCGCACACCAAGGGCUCCCAGAUCCUCAUGGACCUCAGCCACAAGGCCGUCAAGAGGCAGGCCAGCUUCUGCAAUGCCAUCACCUUCAGCAACCGCCCAGUCCUCAUCUACGAGCAAGUCAGGCUGAAGAUCACCAAGAAGCAGUGCUGCUGGAGCGGGGCGCUGCGGCUGGGCUUCACAAGCAAGGACCCGUCCCGCAUCCACCCUGACUCGCUGCCCAAGUAUGCCUGCCCCGACCUGGUGUCCCAGAGCGGCUUCUGGGCCAAGGCACUGCCCGAGGAGUUUGCCAACGAGGGCAACAUCAUCGCUUUCUGGGUGGACAAGAAGGGCCGUGUGUUCUAUCGCAUCAACGACUCGGCUGCCAUGCUCUUCUUCAAUGGGGUCCGCACGGCCGACCCGCUCUGGGCCCUGGUGGACGUCUACGGCCUCACGCGGGGCGUGCAGCUGCUUGACAGCGAGCUGAUGCUCCCGGACUGCCUGCGGCCGCGCUCCUUCACCGCCCUGCGGCGGCCGUCACUGCGGCGCGACGCCGACGAGGCGCGCCUCUCCGUGAGCCUGUGCGACCUCAACGUGCCGGCCGCCGACGGCGACGACGCCGCGCCGGCCGCCGGCUGCCCCAUCCCGCAGAACUCGCUCAAUUCGCAGCACAGCCGCGCGCUGCCCGCGCAGCUCGACGGCGACCUGCGUUUCCACGCGCUGCGCGCCGGGGCGCACGUGCGGAUCCUGGACGAGCAGACCGUGGCGCGCCUGGAGCACGGGCGGGACGAGCGCGCGCUCGUCUUCACCAGGCGGCCCGUGCGCGUGGCCGAGACCAUCUUCGUCAAGGUCACGCGCUCGGGCGGCGCGCGGCCCGGCGCGCUCUCCUUCGGCGUCACCACGUGCGACCCCGGCACGCUGCGGCCCGCGGACCUGCCCUUCAGUCCCGAGGCCCUGGUGGACCGCAAGGAGUUCUGGGCCGUGUGCCGCGUGCCCGGGCCCCUGCACAGCGGCGACAUCCUGGGCCUGGUGGUCAACGCCGACGGCGAGCUGCACCUCAGCCACAACGGCGCCGCGGCGGGCAUGCAGCUGUGCGUGGACGCCACGCAGCCGCUCUGGAUGCUUUUCGGCCUGCACGGAGCCGUCACGCAGAUCCGCAUCCUCGGUUCCACCAUCCUGGCAGAGCGGGGCAUCCCGUCACUCUCCUGCUCCCCUGCCUCCACGCCAACCUCGCCCAGUGCCCUGGGUAGCCGCCUCUCUGACCCCCUGCUCAGCACGUGCAGCUCCGGACCUCUGGGGAGCUCUGCUGGUGGGACGGCCCCCAACUCCCCAGUGAGCCUGCCUGAGUCGCCGGUGGCCCCGGGCACAGGACAGUGGAGCGAUGAGUGCACCAUUUGCUAUGAGCACGCAGUGGACACGGUCAUCUACACGUGUGGCCACAUGUGCCUCUGCUACGGCUGUGGCCUGCGCCUCAAGAAGGCCCUGCACGCCUGCUGCCCCAUCUGCCGCCGCCCCAUCAAGGACAUUAUCAAGACCUACCGCAGCUCCUAG